UUGUAAAUGUAAAGACACAGUUGCAACCUAAACUUCCUCGUUAAUAUAUUUUUGAACGCAUAAUAUUAAACAACAAAGUAAGACUUCUGGUAAUUGCAUAAAAUUUUGAUUUUAGAAAAUAUUGUGUCUAGUGAUGGAUAACAGAUUAGUGCUUCUGCUUGCUGCUGUUGUCACUAAUUUUGGUCAUUUACUGGCAAGUCAAAACUUGAAUUGCGCUCGAGGGUACUGGGGCGCAGAUUGCAAAAAUAGAUGUUCCGAAGGAUGCACGUACAUCGGAUGCGACAAAGUUACUGGAUCUUGCUUUGGAUGCGGCUCGGGAUAUCACGGGAAACAUUGUGACAUUCCGUGUCCGGCUCAUUGUGUUUGUGAUCGAUUCAAUGCGAAUUGCACGUCCUGUUACAAUGGCUGGUAUGGUGGUUCGUGCGAUAAACCAUGUCACACUAAUUGUUUUGCGUGUUCAAAAACCACGGGGGUAUGUUCGACAUGUGAAAACGGCUGGUAUGGGACCAGUUGUACCGUAAAGUGCUCCUUAGGAUGCGACAGAUAUUAUUGUACAAAGUCAAAUGGAUACUGUUCAAGCUGUAAACUAGGCUGGUUUGGGUCAAAAUGUGACACACAAUGUCCUAAAAACUGUCAUAAUGGCUGUCAUAAAAAUUCUGGUUAUUGCAGUUACUGCAAUUCUGGGUUUUGGGGUUCACAAUGUUCAAGUGUUUGCCCGACAAAUUGUGAAAGUUGUGAUAAAUCUGACGGGACAUGUUUGUUUUGUCCUUACGGUUUUUGGGGAAGUAACUGUUUGCAAACGUGCAAUACUAAUAAUUGCAAAAUGUGUGAUAAAAAUACAGGUAAUUGUAAAGCUUGCAACUCUGGUUUUUGGGGACCUACCUGUAACUACGUAUGUAACAACUGCUCAACUGGACAAUGCGACAUUUCUACCGGCGUUUGUGAGACCUGUCCAGACGGGUUUGCAGGAGAAUUCUGCAAUAUAAAGUGUGAUGUUUCAACCUGUUCCAACUGGUAUUGUGACAAAAAACGAGGAUUUGCGUGUUCAAGAUGUGAUAACGGAUUUUGGGGAACCUUUUGUAAGAAACAGUGCAAUCUAAAUAAUACAUGUAGAUACUGCUACAAAGAUACGGGAUAUUGUCAGUCUUGUAAUAACGGAUAUUGGGGAACAUUCUGCGAGAACAAAUGCAUGGAAAAUAAUGGUUGUAGUUAUUGCAACAGGAACACAGGAAUAUGUACUUCAUGCAAAAGUGGAUAUUGGGGAAAUGGUUGUGAGAAGGAUUGUAAUAAAAAUUGCGCCAAUUUUUGCAGUAAAGCUGCAGGAAAAUGUUCGUCUUGCAAAGCCGGGUUCUGGGGAACAUAUUGUGACAAGAAAUGCCUGGAAUCUAGCAGCUGCAAGUAUUGCAACAGGAACACCGGUAUAUGUACUUCAUGCGCUAGUGGAUAUUGGGGACCAGUUUGUAACAAGGGUUGUAAUGAAAACUGCCGCAGUAGCUGCAAUAAAGAUACAGGAAAAUGCGUGUCUUGCAAAGUCGGAUUUUGGGGAACAUUUUGUACGAGCAAAUGCCUGGUAGGAGACAGAUGUCUUUAUUGUGGCAAGUCCAAUGGAAAAUGUGAAACAUGCGUAACUGGUUUCUGGGGUAGUUCGUGUGAAAAGAACUGCGCCUCAAACUGUGCAGGACUUUGCGAUAAAGAGACAGGAAAGUGUUUAUCAUGUAAACCUGAAUUCAUGGGUUUAAAUUGUGAUACUGUAUGUGAAAAUGAAAACUGUGAAACUUGCAAACGCUAUGGUGACAGUCAUUCAUGUACCAAAUGCCGAGCCGGAUUCUGGGGUCAAAACUGCGACAUUCAGUGCAAUUCUGAACGAUGCAUUGAAUGUCUUAUGGACGAAGGACGCUGUACCCUGUGUGAUGACGGUUUCUGGGGGACAUCCUGUCACUUAAGAUGCCGAGAAGGGUGUAAAUGCUGCAAUAGCACUUCCGGUACUUGUUCCCAAGAACAUUACUGCUUGGGAACAAACAGUAUGUACAACACAGCAGUGGUUCCUGCGCAGACAAACAGCACCUUAGUUACAGCUGGUAUUGCAUCAGUUGGUUGCUCCGUAGUAGUGCUUUUCGUGGCCAUUGGUUUAUCUUGCAUGAUUAGACGUCGAAGCAAACUAAAGGCUGGUGCAGCUACAUCAGAAGAUAAAGAUGUUGUACAACAGAGUGUUUCAUAUACAGUGGAUCGUAAGGGAAAGGCCAAAAUUGAGAUACCUCCGUUUCAAGCCGGAAAAGUCAAUCACACAUAUGGGACUUCGGAAACAAACAAGGGGUUUGAAGAAGAAGAUUAUGAAGAUCUCAUUGAGACAGAGAUGGUUUACGAAAACCCAUAGGUCUCUGAUAAGAAACUGUUGGCUUCGAUUAAUUUCAGGAAAACAUAUUUUGAGAAUUUUGUUAAGAUAGCCAUUGGCCAUAUACCUGCUAACUAAGAGACUCAAAAUGUACAUAAUUCAUUGUUAAUCAAUUCUCACACAUUAUAAUUUUUCACCUGUUUCUUUCACAUAAGCAUCUUCGAAUAUGUUCAUUAUUUUCAUAUUUACAGAAGUGUGCAAAAUACAUUUGACCAGGGAUAUUGAUAUAAAUCCAGAAAAUAUUUACAUCCCAAAGUACGAGUCGAUGAAACUAAGUACUGCAAUCAUACAUAUAAUAUAUUUGAUCUUAUUAAUUAAACUGACACAAAAGACGCUGCACAUUUUUAUUAAUGUAUUAAUGGCAAGUCAACAUCUACGUGUAUUUUACGGGAUAUUUGAACGUUCAUUGUUAAAAUCACCGUAAUUUUGCGAUUUUGUUGCUUUUAGUGUUUAAUGAUUUCAAGACCAAUCCACAAACGCAAUGUCAAAACGCUGUCUAUGAAAGCUAAAUUCAUAAUAUAUUUUAAAUUUUCGUUUGGUUUGGAAUACAAUUAUUUUAUUGUAUGUUAAGUACCUCCACAGAAAACGAAAUCAGCAAACACGCAAUUUCCAGUCAGAUGUUUUAUUUUGAAAUUCAUGAAAACGUGUACCCUGUAUAAUUAUUGUAAAUACUUUUAUGAUAAAUAUAUUUCUUUCAUCACUUUUUAAUGUCUGAUUAAUUUUAACAUAAUUUUAUCUAUUACCAUUUUCUUUGAUUUAAUUUUCAUCAAACUGUGUAUAUAUUUUUUGUGAUAACACAAAAUGCUAACCUUUAUUGCAGUUAUGAAUUUAUAAUAUUUACAUUGAUUUUUUGUUUGAAAAAAAAAAAUGCUUCGGCCCUUUCGAGAUGAUCACAGCUGUUUGAUUGUCCUUUCCAUAACAACCUCUUUCCUUGCUAUCAUCUUAAAGAUAACGAAGGUGGCAUUUAUAUUUUAAGGCAACGAUAGUAACAGCCACUUUUAAUGUUUUAUAGGUAUCAAAUAUUUUUAAAUCUAUCGUUGGAACCCCGCUUUUGUUAAUGUGAAUUCAUUCUGAAUUAGAAAUAAUAGCAUUUCGAAAUUUUUGUAGCCCGAAAUAAUCAAAUAGUGAAUAUGAAAUAGUUUUCAUAUACAAAUAUUGUUCGUAUUACAUGUGACCAAUGUCUUUAUGUCACAACUUGUGGACUGGAGUAUUUUAAUGACCAUAGUUUUUGGUUAAUAUGUCAGUUUAUCUGAAAAUUAUAUAAUUAUAUAACCGUGUACAAUGACUAUUGAAAUUAAUUUUAUGGGUUGAUAUAAAGGCAAAAUGAACCGCACCAUGAGAAAACCAGCACGGAUCCAGACCAGCCUGCGCAUCCGCGCCAUCUGGUCAGGAUCUAUGCUGUUUGCUUUCAAAGCCUAUUGCAAUUAGAGAAACCGUUAGCGAACAGCGAUACUGACAAGACUGCGCGGAUGCUGGUCGCAAAUGCGCUUUCAAAGCCUAUUGCAGAUAGAGAAACUGAUAGCAAACAAUAUGCAUCCGCGCAGUCUGGUCUGGAUCCACGCUGGUCGCAAAUGCACUAUGUUGGUUUUCUCAUGGUGCGGCUAUUAUAUUGAGUUAAUGUUUCUGAAUUCGUUUUAAAAUUGGCCAAACAUUCUGAGACUAGGCUCCAAAACUCAGUGUUAUUGCCUUUCAGUCAGUUUAAUUUCAAAAACUUUGAUUUAACUUAUGUAAAAUUUAACCCUUCUUUUAAUUGUAUGUUCCAAAAGCAUUGUCUCCCUAUACCGCAAACAACAGCAGCGCAAAAACACACGUACACAGUAUACACACCACACGCGUGUGCGCAGACACGCAGGCACAAAGAAGCAGUAAAAGUAACACGAACAAGAAGGAAAAAAUAGCACAGAGAGGCACCGCAAAAGGACGGCCCGUGGCCAAAGAUAUGGUUGGCACCUAAUUUCACUCGAAGCAAAAGGAGAAGGGUAUAAAUUCAAGGGGUGAUGGGGGGAGAGGAAAGAAACACCAAACACAAGCAAGACAAUAUACGAAACAUAAACUACGAAAUCCAAAAAAAAUGUUGAAAAUAGGGACGGGACACCGCUUUGGAAUGGUACAUCAUCACAGUGAUAAUGACAUUUAUACAUGAUUAAUUUCACUCUUAAUAUGUUUUCCUACAUACAACAGUUCAUUUCAAACCAUAUAUCCACUAUCCAUCAUGCCUCAGUAAUCAUGUCAUGCAAUUAGAUAAUCAUGGCAAUUUACCUUAUGUACAGUAAGUAAGUUUUAACUGUAAAUGGCACAGGCGACAAAAUACUGAGCUUGGUAAAUUGGGACGCAGGACCUCACAAGUUUGCAUCGAUUUCAUUCCAUGUGAAUAAGAAAAUCCACUAGCAGUAGCAUCAUGAGUAAAACAUGUGUAAAUGUAAAUGAAAUAUCUUUUAACCUUAUUUGUCCUCACUGUUAGAAGUGGUGUCUAGCCGUAUCGAUGAAAGAACAGCAAUCAUAUAUAUAAUAUUUUUUAUUUUAUUUAUUAAACUGACACAAAAGACGCUCGAUCGGCUGCACAUUUUUACUGAUGGCAAGUCGACAUCUAAGAUAAGUGUAUGUUACGGGACAUUUGAACAUUCACUGUUGAAAUCCCCGUUAUUUUGCGAUUUUAUUAACAAUUUCAAAACCAAUCUAUAGCAAAGUUAAAAUGCUGUACAUGAAAAAUAAAUUCACAAUAUAUUUUAAAUUUUCGGUUUGUAUGGAAUACAAUUAUUCUAUGAUAUGUUAAGUACCUCCAUAGAAAACGAAAUUAGCAAACACGCAAAAAGAUAAUCGUGGCAAUUCACCUAAUGUACAGUAAGUAAGUUUUAACUGUAAAUGGCACAGGCGACAAAAUACUAAGCUCAAUAAAUGUUUUAACCUUAUUUUAUCUCACUGUUAGAAAAAGUGGUGUCUAGCCGUAUUGAGACAUAGUUCCUUCCCUUUGACUAGAUAUUUCUUAUUUUAUUUGCUAGCGUUAACUGACUUAGAUUAAUUCUCGCCUUAAAUGGUAAAGUUUCUUGUUUAAUGCGUUUUUCAGUUUGUCAUCAGAGAGCUUUUUAUACCAUGCAGAGUGGUUACGUGAUUUUGUGCUACGUAGUUUUAAUUCAAGUUUAAGUUUUCUUAGAUAAAAAUGGUUUUUUGGCAAGUACUUGAUCUGUGUUUAAUGUAUUUAACUACGUAAACAUAUAAAAUUUGCUUUACUUUAGAAAUUUAGUAUUUUGAGUAGAAUAGUUAAAAUUCAUUAUAGCAACAUCAUCAUUUUAUCAACUGUAACAUUCAUGACUGUAACAAUGCAUUCAUAUCUUAAAACACUAUUUCACAACUGUUUGCAGAAACCUUGGUAUAAGAUAGUACCUCCUUUGUUUUACGUAACCAGCACCAGUCGAAGGGAAUGAGUGAAAAGGUGUACAUGACGUUCAUUCCAUAUAUGGAAAGUUUCAUGUAUAAUGUAUUUUAUCUAUGUAUUGUGUAGCGUAUUGGUUUGUUCCAUUUUUGUUUAUAUGUUUUAUCUAUAAUGCAACUUAUCAAUGGCCACCAGAUUUAUUAAUUGAAGUAUGUAAUAAGGUAUUUCUUAUUAUUUUACAUGAUGUUUAUGAAGCCUUUGUAUAUGCAUUUCUGUUUGAAUUUGGUUCUAUGAUGUACGUUAUGACCUUCUUGACGUUCUGCACAUGCAUUUGUAUUAGCUUAGCAAGUAUUAAAAUCUGCGAAACUAC